UGCGUGCGGAAGAGUUUGCCGAGCGAGCAACCGGCCUCCCGCAGGAGCCGAGGGACCCGCGCGGCUGCGGCCCAGGAGCGGCGGCCGCGGAGCUCUGAGACCAGCAACCGCGGCGGCGGCGGCGGCGGCGGCAGCGAGAGCAGCGCCUCCCGCCGCCGCCCGGGAGGAGCUCGCCGCGCCCGCUUGCCGCCUCGGCUCCCAGCGGCGGCGGGAGGCGAGUCUCCCCGGCCCAGUCCGCGCCCGGCCCCGCGGGGCCGCUCCGGCCCGCUCCGAGGAAAAACUGCAGAGAAAAUCUAAUGGAUGAAGAUGAGAAAGACAGAGCAAAGAGAGCUUCUAGAAACAAGUCGGAGAAGAAGCGUCGGGACCAGUUCAAUGUUCUUAUCAAAGAGCUCAGCUCCAUGCUCCCUGGCAACACGCGCAAAAUGGACAAAACCACCGUGUUGGAAAAGGUCAUUGGAUUUCUGCAGAAACACAACGAGGUCUCAGCUCAAACAGAAAUCUGUGACAUUCAGCAAGACUGGAAGCCUUCAUUCCUCAGCAAUGAAGAAUUCACCCAGCUGAUGUUAGAGGCAUUAGAUGGCUUCGUUAUCGCAGUGACAACAGACGGCAGCAUCAUCUAUGUUUCUGACAGUAUCACUCCUCUCCUUGGGCAUUUACCGUCAGAUGUCAUGGAUCAGAAUUUGUUAAAUUUCCUUCCAGAACAAGAACAUUCAGAAGUUUAUAAAAUGCUUUCUUCCCACAUGCUUGUGACGGAGUCCCCCUCCCCCGAAUACUUAAAACCUGACAACGAUUUAGAGUUUUAUUGCCAUCUCCUCAGAGGCAGCUUGAACCCAAAGGAAUUUCCGACUUAUGAAUACAUAAAAUUUGUAGGAAAUUUUCGCUCUUACAACAAUGUGCCUAGCCCCUCCUGUAACGGCUUUGACAACACCCUUUCAAGACCUUGCCGGGUGCCCCUAGGAAAGGAGGUCUGCUUCAUCGCCACCGUGCGUCUGGCAACGCCACAGUUCUUAAAGGAAAUGUGCAUAGUUGACGAACCUUUAGAGGAAUUCACUUCAAGGCAUAGCUUGGAAUGGAAAUUUUUAUUUCUGGAUCACAGAGCCCCUCCAAUCAUAGGAUACCUGCCUUUUGAAGUGCUGGGGACCUCAGGCUAUGAUUACUACCACAUCGAUGACCUGGAGCUCCUGGCCAGGUGCCACCAGCACCUGAUGCAGUUUGGCAAAGGAAAGUCGUGUUGCUACCGGUUCCUGACCAAAGGCCAGCAGUGGAUCUGGCUGCAGACUCACUACUACAUCACCUACCACCAGUGGAACUCCAAGCCCGAAUUCAUCGUGUGCACACACUCGGUGGUCAGUUAUGCGGACGUCCGGGUAGAGAGGAGGCAGGAGCUGGCUUUGGAAGACCCACCGUCUGAGGCCAUCCACUCCUCAGCACUAAAGGAAAAGGGCUCAAGCCUGGAACCUCAGCAGCACUUUAACGCACUCGAUGUGGGUGUCUCCGGCCUCAACGCCAGCCAUUCGCCAUCAGCAUCCUCAAGAAGUUCCCACAAAUCCUCACACACAGCCCUGUCGGAACCCACCUCCACUCCAACCAAGCUGAUGGCUGAGGCCAGCACCCCGGCUCUGCCAAGAUCGGCCACCCUGCCCCAAGAGUUACCCGUGCCCGGGCUCAGCCAGGCAGCCACGAUGCCGGGUCCCCUGCCUUCCCCAUCAUCCUGUGACCUCACACAGCAGCUCCUGCCCCAGACCACCCUGCAGAGCCCACCCACUUCCAUGGCACAGUUUUCAGCACAGUUCAGCAUGUUCCAGACCAUCAAAGACCAGCUAGAGCAGCGAACACGGAUCCUGCAGGCCAGCAUCCGGUGGCAGCAGGAGGAGCUGCACAAGAUCCAGGAGCAGCUCUGCCUGGUCCAGGACUCCAAUGUCCAGAUGUUUUUGCAGCAGCCAGCUGUGUCCCUGAGUUUCAGCAGCACCCAGCAGCCCGAGACCCAGCAGCAGCUACAGCAAAGGUCGGCUGUGGUGACCCAUGCCCAGCUCGGGGCAGGCCCCCAACUUCCAGGGCAGAUCACCUCUGCCCAAGUCACAAGCCAGCACCUGCUCAGAGAAUCAAGCGUGAUAUCAACCCAGGGUCCAAAGCCAAUGAGAAGCUCGCAGGUGAUGCAGAACAGCGGCCGCUCCGUGAGCAGCUUGGUGUCCCAGUUCACCAGUGCCACCGCUGUGCUCCCACCGAGUCUCACUCUGACCACACCCGCCUCCGCCCCACUGGGUGCUAGCCAGUGCCAGCCCAGCCCAGACUUCAGCCACGAUCGGCAGCUCAGGCUAUUGCUGAGCCAGCCCAUCCAGCCCAUGAUGCCUGGGUCCUGUGAUGCGAGGCAGCCCUCAGAGGCCAGCAGGACCGGACGGCAAGUCAAGUAUGCCCAGAGCCAAACCGUGUUCCAAACUCCAGAAGUGCACCCCGCCAGCAGCAGCAGCACCCCAACCCCCGUCCUGCUAACGGGGCAGGCGGUUCUUCACCCCGGCUUCUCCGCUUCCCAGCCACCGCCCCUGCAGCCACCACUGCAGCACUACCUGCAGGUACAGGCACCAACCUCUUUGCACAGUGAGCAGCAGGAUUCACUGCUCCUCUCUACCUUCUCACAACAGCCAGGGGCCCUGGGCUACCCCCCGCCACCCCCAGCACCACCCCAGCCCCUGCGCCCGUCCCGCAGGGUCAGCAGUCUGUCUGAGUCAUCAGGCCUCCAGCAGCCUCCCCGGUAGUGCCCUGGCACUGAAGUGGGGACACAAUCAGCUUUAACCAAUGGACAAGGGGGAUGGCCACGGGAGAUGGGGACAGGAGUCUGAACCAAACCCUUCUGCGCAUGCUGCAAACAUUUCAAAACUCCUGGAUGUUAACCAUCUCUGGAGUACAGCAGCUGGCGCAGGGGGGAGAUGACCAGACAUUUUGGCUGUGCUUCCCUGGCCUCUGAGGUUCUCGGGCACACUCUACAGCCAUACUGGACAGGAAGCACGUGCCCAGGGCAGGUGUCGAUACUCAGCGUACCUCUGGAAGUGGCGCGUCUAACUCUGUCCCCCAAGAGUGCACUGGUGACUCUAGCCAACAGUGGCCCGUCCAUCCUCGCUAGCUGGCCUUCACUCUCUUGAUCGUCUUUCCUUUGUAUUCAAGAAGGACUGGGUCAGAGAUCUGUUGACGAGGGAAUAAAGAGAUUAUUUUUUAUUAUUUUUAAAUGGUUGUUUUUGUUUUAAUUUGCACACCUGCACAGAAGAAAUAACUUAGGCACUUUCUGUUCUUAAAAAUAAUUAAGGUCUCAUGAUUUCAGGUGGAGACCGCCAUAACAAAAGCAGCCCACCAAACAGGUAAAAAAGCUGGUCACUAACCAACCUACAGAUUCACAUCCUCUGGCCUCAGCCCUGACAGGAUGAGGCUUUCCCCCUACCCCAUGCCUACUGGCAGUGUUUUUUUUUCCCCUAAAUAUAACACUGGACUAUUUCCUGUUUAUUUCAUUGAUUACAACUAUAGAGGUGGACUCAAAGCAAAGCACAAUCAUGCCAGCUGACAUUCCAGAAUUCUGUUGAGAACUCUUAAGAUUAUGAGGGGAGAGGUUUCACUAGCCAGACAGACUGGGGUGGGUGCCAGUCCCCAAGGAAACCCUGCCGUGUGCUGGCCCUUUGAGUGAGAAUGCUGCAUCUUUCUACAUAUCUUUCAUGAGAAUACUGAGAAUUAGAUUUUCCUUUUCAAAAUGCACUUUGCUUUUUUUGUAUGUUUUGUUAUGUUGAGAUGUUUCUAAAGAAAAGAUUUUAUGUAAUUAUAAGAUGAAGCGUAGUGAAUUGUACAGCUGUUGUAAUAAUGACCUAUUUCUAUAUAAAAUAAAAUUGUAUGGAUUAUGUGUAAAUUAUUUUGUAUCUGAGACAACAGUUCCUUUCCCAAAUAUAAAAGUAUAAAAGUUUUCUUGUGUUUUUCUGUGAGUGGAAAUUUUGUAAUAAAUUAACAAAUUUGUACAAUU